CGGGAGUCGAGACCAGGGCUUUCUCUCCAUGUCGACAAGGGUUAGGGUUGUCAUUGUAUUUCCCGAGUCCCGGCAGAACUCCGGAAACCCAGCCGCCCCCGCAUGGCUCAAGUCAGUGAAGCCACCAUCCAAGGCGUGGGACCUGUGGUGUCAGGCCAGGAUCGACCCUCAACCGCAACCAUCCACGCGCCAUCAGAUCAUCAAGAUUCCAUCAAAUUUCCAGCAUUUAUCAUCAAAAAACAUCAGAAUACGCGUCGCACCGACCCUCAGGCCCUGUGAGCAGUCGCAGAGCGCCCUUCAUGGGGCUUUUCGACACCGUUGUUGAGAAUUCUGUACCUCUUCACCCCUGAGCAGCCUUGUUGCCACUGCUGUCUCGUACCCACGUGAAUUCCCUGACAUGGGUGUCAUUCGCAAGAAGAUUGCCGCAAGAGGCGGCGAGGGCGGUGUCAAAUAUGUCUGCGAUGUUUGUUCAGCAGACAUUACCUCAACUCUAACGCGUCUCCAACAGGUCCGGAUACGAUGCGCCCACAGCGCCUGCAACGAGUACGAUCUCUGCGUGCAAUGCUUCGCCAAUGGCUCUUCGAGCAAUGCGCAUCAACCAGCCUCCCAUCCUUACCGAGUCAUUGAGCAAAACUCGUUCCCAAUAUUCGACCCAGAAUGGGGCGCCGACGAAGAACUCCUUCUCCUGGAAGGCGCCGAGAUUUACGGCCUCGGGUCCUGGGCGGAUAUUGCGGACCAUAUCGGCGGUUAUCGGCACAAGGAUGAAGUCCGGGAUCAUUAUUACAAGGUUUAUAUUGAAUCGCCCAACUUCCCACUCCCUAAAAGAUGUAGCCCUCACGAUAUGGAACUGGCAAAUGAAACAUCAAGAGAGGAGUUUCAGGCCCGCAAGAAGCGCAGGAUUGAGGAGCGGAGAGAAGCGGCCAAAAACGCACCCGCCCUACAGCCAAAGACGAAACCUACCGCCAGCGUGCCAGCUUGUCACGAAAUCCAAGGUUACAUGCCCGGUCGAUUGGAGUUCGAGACAGAGUACGCCAACGAGGCGGAAGAGGCGGUCCAGCUGAUGCAGUUUGAUCCGGGAGACGGCAUCAACCCGAGGACUGGCGAGCUGGAACCUGAGAUGGAACUCAAGCUUACGGUGAUGGAAAUCUACAAUUGCAGAUUGACGCAGCGAGUCGAGCGGAAAAAGGUCAUCUUUGAGCACAACCUGUUGGAUUAUAGGGAGAACAGUAAAGCGGAGAAGAAACGGUCAAAGGAGGAACGCGACCUUCUCAACAAGGCGAAGCCUUUUGCACGGAUGAUGAAUCGGGACGACUUCGAACAGUUCUGCCAGGGUCUCAUCGACGAACUCAAUCUCCGACAGGCAAUUGCGCAGCUGCAAGAAUGGCGCAGCCUCCGCAUCGGAGACCUGCGAAGCGGGGAGAAGUACGAGCAGGAGAAAGCACUACGGAUACAGAAGUCAAUACCGCUCGGCUCCAUGGAUCGCGAAAGGUUAGCGACAACGCAGCGCAACAAGCAGCCACCGCCACCCGAGCCGCCAAGCGGUGCUUCGCUGUUGGUUGCGCCUGAGCUACCGAUUCGGUCAGUGGCAUCGAAUGGAUUUCUAAACGGCCAAGGGCCGAACGGCGUCAAGUCGGAAACCAACGGAAAUCACAUUAACGGCGGCAGCGUCGUAGUCGCGAAUGGCACGACGCCUGCAAGGCAGAAGUACAUUCCGCCGCCGAUUCCCGGCGUGCAACCUCUUUACCUCACCCAGGAUAAUGCACCAGAUCUCCAUCUUCUCACGCCUGAGGAGAUCAAACUUUGUGAAGCGCUUCGCCUGCAGCCGAAGCCUUACUUGAUGAUCAAGGAGCAGAUCCUCAAAGAGGCUGUGAAGGGCAACGGCAGUCUUAAGAAGAAGCAGGCCAAGGAGAUUUGCCGUCUGGACUCGCAAAAAGGAGGGCGGAUUUUUGACUUUAUGGUUAAUGCUGGCUGGGUGGUCAAGGCUUGA